CUGUUGGACUCGCAGAAUUACCAACAAGCUGAGCAGACAUCCAGUGACGAUUAUCAAGUUCAAAGGAUAUCAAUGAAGAUCAGAUUAAAAUUCAGGAAGUUUCAGAAUGUCCUCAAUACAAACCGUCGCACUAUAGAAUCCUUGUACAGACAGCACAGGACAUCACCUAUUUCAUCCAGCGUAGAUUGUUGUACGCUUUCAAAGUCUAAACACAGGUACAACUCGAAUUUUGGUGCGAAUAUCUCCCGGGAUACUGCGUGUGAAAUCUCCUCUCUAUCGACUCCCCCAGGGGCUUUCAUACCUACAAAGAACCUAACACAAGCCUUCAAGCGCCAGCUGCUGAGCAACCCGACCCUCAAAUGGCAGUAUUUCAGUUCGGAGGCCGGCAUCCACGCCAUCUUCCCCGCUACACCGUACCUGGAAACACACAAGUACGCCGAUCAGUGCACGGUGGAUGUCCGCAGCAAGAAUCUGUAUGCGUCAACUGUUAGACCAGCGUCUAUAAAUGUCGUAAUCAUCUUAGAUCACGGUUCAUCAAUCAGUCCCGUAUCACUUGACAUAGCACAGAAAGCUGCCAAGACUGCCCUUGGAGCACUCUCACGCAAAGAUAAGGUUGGUGUCCUGAGCAUGGGCUCUGAAGUUACAAUCAGCCAACCUGGGAGUUGCUAUGACGACAUACUGGCUCCGGCCUCGGCGGAAGUCAAAGAGCAUUUGAUCAAGUUUAUUAAUGGCAUCAAGGCUAUAAAUGGUCCUUCCAAUCACACCUCAGCUCUCAGGAUAGCAUUUGAUCUGAUACAAAGAACAACGUCUCCUGUACCGGUCAAUGAAUCUAAACCAGACUCGGUAAUCCUGUACAUAAGUACCGGCCAUGCUAGCAAUCAGGAGGAGGUCAAAACAGCCAUUAAUAUCGCCAUCUCAGAGAAUAGGAGAUUUAAUAACAGAGUGGCCAUCAUGACAUAUGCCUUGGUAGAAGAGGGUAGAACUGGUUUGGAAGAGCUGGCCUUCUUACGUGACCUAGCUGAACAAGACAACGGAACCUACCGAGCUGUGUCUAGUGAUUCCGAUCUCCCACCUGUACAGAUUGGCAUGAUGACGGUCCUGAACCAACUGAGUCACCUAGCGUCUACUGUUGGUAGAUUCUAUACAGUACUACCAGAGGAACCUUCUCAAGCACCGGUAUCAUUCUCUCUACCUUACAUGGAUUCCACAGGAACAGGAUUGAUAAUGAGUCUGACAAGACCAUGCUAUGCCAAUGAUCAGGUCCUGGGUAUUGUUGGCCUGGAUAUCAACAUGGCUGACAUCUUAGAAGACGUAACAUACUUUGAAGAGGGAGAUCGCUCUUAUGCCUUCCUGAUAGACCAUAAUGGUCUUGCCGUCAUGCAUCCAUCACUACCAAAGCCCUCUCUUGUCACAGAACAACCAAUCUUUACCAGCAUCAAACAUUUUGAACAAUCUGUUGGGUUUGACAAGCUCCAAGAAGUCAUGCUCAGGGAGGAAACAGGAAGCGCCGUCCUUCCCAUCUCAGAGAAUUGCACAACACAAGCCAAGUAUUCCUGGAAACAUAUUGAAGGAACUCCAUUUACAGUGUGUACUGUGAUCUUAUCACAGUACAAAGAUAUACUCAACCUCAGGCAUACUAAUGUGCCCUCUGGAGACAGUCUGAUGUAUCAUCGUUUAGAUCUGCUGCCCUCUUCCAAUAUGUGUAUGCACCUCAAACAACUUGCUACAAUGGAUGGCACAAGUCUAUUGCUAUCAGCUGGCAGCUUUGCCUCUCCCUAUGAACACUUGAGUCAAGAAGAAACAAAGCUAGUAGUCCAGGCCUACGUGGCCUACCUCAGUGAUAACACAAGACUCAUUGCUAAUCCUGGUCUAAAGCCGACAAUAAAGAAUGAUGUAGCAGCGACCAGAGCCAUAGAGAAGACCUGGCUGAAACAGAUCCUAAAGAGUGACAUCAAUGAAUACAUUAUAAGACGGUAUGUUGCUACUACAAGUGGUGCUGUCUGGAUAUAUCCGGGUACAUUGAUGCCUAAGACCUUUGACCCUGCUCGAAAACCAUGGUAUAAGAGAGCCCUUGAGAACCCAGGUCGCAUCACGCUAUCCUCACCAUACCUUGACAAUGGGGGCGCUGGUUACAUUGUCACACUCAGUCGAGUCAUCUUCGAAGGAAGGUCCAGCGGUUACCACACUGAGACUGAUCAUGUUGUAGCCGUCAUGGGUAUUGAUAUCACCUUGCCGUAUUUCUAUCAGCUUCUACUGGAUACUUUACCUGUUUGUGAAGAGGAACAUAUCAGAUGUUUUGUGAUGGAUGAAAGGGGAUACCUAGUUGCCCAUCCUUACUUCGUUGAACCUCUAGGAAGAGGGCCUAUGGAGAAACAACACAUAACACAUCAGGAGAUCCUGAUAUCCAACGAUGUCCUCUACCACACCGACUUUGUCCAGAAGCUACGUUGCAACCGCUUCGGCAACCGCACCGUCCAGCGCUACUACUCCUUCAACACCAGCUACCAGGACGGUGUGGUGGCCAAUAAGUUCCACUCGGAGCAUUGCAUCCAGUAUAAGAUGACCCCUAUACCGUUCAGCAACACCUUUGUGGGUGUGGUCAACGAGACAUGUGACUUUGUGACUGCGUUCUGCCCUUGUAGCAUGACUGAUAGGCUUUGUCUAAACUGUCAUCGAAUGGAGCAAGAGGAAUGUGAAUGCCCGUGCGAAUGUGCACUCGGUUUGGAUGCGUGCACAGGAGAUAUACUGAACAAAGAAGAUGAUAGUAACCCAAGUUGCCCAGGAAUGGAAGAGAAUUCAGGAUUACCAGAGCUAGAUGAAGACAUGACCAAAGACCUUCCUCAGUGCUUGGACUUCCAGUGUGGCCUGAGAACUACCUUAGGGACAUGCCGUGGAGUGUUAGAUUGUGAAUGGUGUGAGUACAGUCAAGAUGGGAGUUCACUUCUCAAAGAUCCAUACUGCGCUACUCAAAGAGAGUGUUUCGGUGGAGUGCUAGGUGCUCCUACACCGUAUGGUGAUCAGAUUGUGGUUGCACGUCGUUCCUACACCUUCGAGACCAACGCCAAUGCCCACGUGGGUCCCGUCGCCGGAGCCCUCCUAGCCGUCAUCCUCUCCUUGGCCCUUGUCAUCUACAUUUACCGGCAUCACGUUCACAAUCAGGAGAGAAGGAGACGUGAGAUGGCCCAGCAAGGAUCCGAUACCUCCGUCAGGAUGACUCAGGGGGAUGGAGAUGGAGCUGAUGGGGUGGAGCCGGAUGCAGGAGCUGGAGGGAGCAAUUCACCUGAUAAUCAGCCUCCUCCAGGAGCAUAUGGCCAGGGUAAUAUCAUACUUGCUGCCUUGCAUCACCCAAGCCCGUACCAUCAGCGGAUACGCCAUGGCAUCCGUAUCUGGCGCCGACAAGGUCAAGCACCAAGUGAAAGUGACCACGGGUACAGCACCAUGACGCCGCACGAGGACAGUGAAUACCAGUACGUGGAACCGGAUCCCGUGGUGGCAUCGCCGGAAAGAAACAUUGUGGAUCCUCCUCCGGGAAUGUUGCACGUGGAUAGGUCGUCCGAACUUCCCAGUGUCACUUGUAGAACUGCGCUUCUAGAGCGGGAUUGCAGCCCGCCCUCCUGUGACAACCCCCUGUCGCAAUCAAUAGUGCCAAAGAUCGAACCUCCCCCUCAAACAGUAUUACCGCGGAGAUCUCAUCACAUGCGCACGAGAGCACAGGUCCAUUCUGUCGAUACGACCUGUUAGCGGUGACUCCGAAAGCAUCGACUUCUUGAAGACUUGUAAAAUCUAGAAGAGUAUAAGCGUUAUUGUAUAUUUAUCUUGUAUUUUGUAAAUACAAACCCACCCCGUGUGAGGAGGAGGAGGUGAUUGCCAAAGUAUUAUCUCGUGAGAGACUUGGAUGGAUCAUAUUGACUGGAUUAGACCAUUGUUGGAUCAUUGUUAUAGCGUCGUAGCUUGCUGACAUAGCAUCAUCUGUUGUUACGGCUCGAGAAGCAGCAGUGUGUUGACAAUUUCGACAGUGACUUCAGUAGCAUUGACGUGAAUCCUGAAAGUUUAUAAAUAAUAGGAAUUGUGGAGUUUAUAUUUAUGCAGUCAUACCGGUGCUUGCUAGACCUACGUAAUUUUAGUAUGCAGCAUGGGCGAAAUCAACAGGACAUUGUGACUUGAUGCUUUUAGGAUUGUCUGUCAUUUGUUUGAUGCCAUGUUUUUUUCUAUUUCUGCCAUACAAAUGCUUUGUUUCAUCAUUUUUGUUAUUGUCAUUGCCAUUUUCAUCAUCGUCAUCCUCGCCAUUGUCAUAAUCAUCAACAUCAUCAUUGUCAUCAACAUCGUCAUCAACAUCAAAUUCAUCAUGGUCAUCAUCAUCACUAUCAUCGUCAUCAACAUCAUCAACAUCGUCAUCAACAUCGUCAACAUCAUCAUCAUUGUCAUCAUAAUCAUGGACAUCAUCAUUGCCAUUGACAUCACCAUUGUCUAAUUGGGAUUUCCUUUGAAAGUAUCUUGAUGCUCUUGUUUGUAGACCACCUUGCAAAUUGGAAAUAACCUACAACCAAAGUAGAUUGUAGAAUUUAGAAUCCUUUUUAAAAAUAAUACUUUGAUUAAACUAGAGGCAACAUCAAUUUGAAAAUCAUGUUACUUCAUAUUAAUGUAUUCAUUCAUAUUUCUUAAUUCAGCCAUGAAAUCGUAUCAAAAUAUUUAAUGAUUUUUUUUUUCAAUUCUAAUUUAUACCGUACGUUUGGGAUGUUGGUGAUUGGUGGAUGUGUUCCAAGCUUGGGUAAAUUUGGAAUGAGAUAUGGCCAAAUAACAUCCACCUUGCAGUAUAUAACAGAUGAACUAUGAAAGAACGUUUGAAAUUUAGGUUUAGCCUCAGCGUUUCCUUUAAUAAUUUACUGACCAAAUGAUCCAUCUCAUUUCAUAAUAGCCAUGUAAUAACAGUGUACGUGUAGAUAGUUGCCAAAAAGGACCAAAUCUUUUAUUCAUCAUUUUUUUUUAUAUCUUCAAAUUGCCAACUGUGAAUUGCAAAAGGGAAGGAGAUGCACAUAUAAUAAUAAAAGGAAAUUAAGUGGGGUGUGUCAGGUACUCGAGUGCAUGAAUUCCUGCCAUUAGAAUACUACCGUGUCAAACCUCACAAGCAUAAUCUAUUUGAUCAUAAACCUAAUGGAAUUUGGUUAAGAUAUUCAUUGGUUCCAGCCAAUUGGCUUGUAUUUAUUGAAAGAACUUAUGAAUUAGAUUGCUUAUUAUCAAUAAAAGGCGUAGGAUCGUUUUUUAACCGGUUUGAUCUAUAUUGUUUUUAGUGGGGAGAAAGAAAUUAUCCAGGCUUCCAAAAGCAAAUAAUUAGUGAGGUGAUAAGAACUUGUAUCUCAUUGAAAUAAAAGAAGUUAGUGUUUGUUCUUGAAUAGGCAAUAUGUCAGGCAAUGUCAUGUUAUUGGCAAAAAUCCUGGCUGUCUAGAUCCAAGAGAAAGCCAUUUUGCCACGCUUUAGGGGAGACGAUGUCGUUUAUUGUACGAGUGUUAGAACAACCAUACUUUUUCACUCUCCUAAAAAGAAGAAUUAUUUCGAGAUACAAGAUCUUAUUACCUCAGUUUCCAGACUGCUUGAUACGUUCUCAAAACUGUUCACAAAGAUCAGGGUCCCGUAACACAAAGGUUGGCGAUUGAUCGUACGCUUGAUUUUUACGAUUGAUUGAUUGUACAUUGUUGCUAAAAUCAAUCGUAGAAAAAUUGUUCUACGAUCAUUGCUAAGUUUUGUGUUACGGGCCCCAGCACAGCCCAGUUACUUGGUUUUCUUGUAAUGAAAUAUAUUUUUAAGUCGAAACUUGUUCAGUGCUCAUAAUAACAGAUAAUUUGAAAUAUGUAAUCUCAUGUAUCUCCAUUCUUCCAUAUUGCUAUGCAUUUUUUGUUUGCAAUAUUUGUUUUCACUCACUCUCAAAAUAGUCAUCAAACCUGCCAAAAUAAGCAGUUAUUCUUUUUUGCUAUUUUUGUACAGUUUAUUUAAUACAUGUCUAUAUUUUGUAUAUUUUUUUUGUCUUUGGUCAUUUUGAAAAUCGCAUGCUGUUGAGCAGUACGGUGAUUUUUCAGUCGCUCCAUGUACUAUCUACCUAAUACAAUGCUAUGUACGUGCUAGAUCAUAGAAACUUAUUUUGCCAAAUUUGUGUCAUGUUUUUGUAUGUUAAAUUAUGGUUGUACAUAAUAUUUGUAUAAAAAAAAGGGAGAUAGAAAAUAGAAAUUUCUCAUAGUUAUGUAAUCCCACCGUGAGAUGAGUAGUAAAGUUUGUAAUUCUAUUGAUUAUACUUUGCCAAAUACUUGUACUGUUUAUGGAAUGUAACCAACAUUGACAUGUGAUAAAUACAAACUCAUCCUAACAAAGAAAUAUAAACUGGGUUCCAAAAGAAACUUAUCGAACUUCACAAGCGCACUACACAAAUUCCACUGAGUCAAAAUGAACAAAAUUUUUACACAGGCUAGCUUCAAUAAUCUUUACUAAGCCCAUGUCUAUAAUCAAGAGAUUGGUUUAAUAACAGGCUGUAGCCCCUCAAAUCAAUUGGUUCCGGAAUCCAAAGUCACAAAAUGGCAAAAGAAAGACCAAUGAAAAUGAGAUGGGAUUAAACCGAAUGGUCAUUCUUUGCUUGACUGCUAUUCAUGCAAUAUGCUACCCCAAAAGGUGGGUUUAAAAUGUUAAUUUUAACUUUGUGUAACUUCUUAGUUAUUGAGGUAAUCAAUUAAACAUGCUGAUGGUCAUACUGUGAACUUUCAUAAACUGGUAAUUUUGAUAAUUUUCUUUUGGAACCCAAUUUAGUUAUGAACUGCACUGUUAAAUAUCUUUACAUUGAUUUUGCUCUCUCUUCAUGUACCCAGUCAAGAUUUGUCCUUGCUUCAGUAUUUUGUCGCCAUGAUGAUUCUACAUCUAACAAAAAAUUCCAGUAAAACAACUAGUCCAGUUAAAAUAUGAAAAAUAGUGGGUAAACCCAAAACAAAUUCCAACAGAAACAAUUUUUUCGGCAUUGAUCUAUUAAAGUUUCUGAAAAAAAUUGUGUUGCAAUUUGUUUUGGGUUAUUUCAUAUUUUUACUGGACUUAUAGAGGGCUCAUACAAUACCUGGAAAGCCCAAAGUCUUUGUAAAGAUAGUUAGAAACCUUUGGUAGUAUAAAUUGAACAAAUUGUAAAAAUAUGAAUGUAGUCCCAUGUACCCAACUUGAUGAUGUUACUAAAAACAGUUAUUUCAAUCUCUCUCUUAAACCUGAACAUUUGUAUUAUUAAUGCAAGAAUUCUAAAAUGUGGUUUUGUAUUGAAAAAAAAAACGAAAUAGAAAAUGUCCAGCUUACUACCUUGAAUUGAAACUAAUUGUACUCUUUUUGAAAGAAAUAUACUUCUGCCAUAUUUUUCAUUAAAAAAUCCUGUAUUCAAAAUAUCCAAGUGCUUGAUGCUAGGCAGAAUAGUCGGUCUCAAUGUUCUGAGAUUUUUAAAAAUUGUAUUUUACUCUCCAAGACAGUACUACUUUUGUCCAAUUUCACAGAACUACAAUUGAAAUUAGUUACUAAUUUGUUGCAUCAAUUGUAUUUUAAUGAAAUGUUCCACAUUCUGUUGUAAUAGUGUGUAUUCUUACUCAUUUUGGAACAAUUUGGCACAUUGACCCGACUAAUAUUCUUAUUCAUUUUGAUGAUUUCUUGUUGAAUUUGUUAAAUCAAAUGAAAUUUAAUUUGACGUUGAUGAACAAAAAAAUGAUUUUAUGAGAAAUUCAUGUUCUUUCAUUGUUAAUUUGAAAUAUCUUUUAGUGCCAACAAGUACCAAUCAAAAUGAAGAGUUUUGUAGAUUUGUGUGAGAAAUUUCUCGCAGAAUAUAAACAGGAUAGUUCGAAAUAUGUAAGAAUCAUCGGCAGUAAAUGAGGUAGAUAAUUCAGAAAGGAAAGAAAUAAUCCACUAGGAGGUUCUCAUAUCACAUUGAAUGGAUUUGUAUUUUGAUAUAUGAGAUCUUAGCACAAUUAAACUAAACAGUAAACAAAGAAGGUUUUUAAUGUUAUGGUACCUUAGAAUAAUUCUGGUUAAUCUCAAUGAAUAUGCAUGGAUUCAAUAAAAACUGUUACAAGCCACUGAAAUCCUAGUAUCUGAUUGGUUGAAAGCAAGAAUAUCAGUAAAGAAGUAAUCGCUUGCAAAGUAUUUCAUUAAACUCUCGCCAAAUGGCACAAGGAAAAAUAUAAUCUCAUCACACCCAGUUAUAACAGCUGAAAGCAACAUUGAUUUUAUUGAAGAUUUGAAGUUGUGUUUUAUGGACACUCUAAUUAUGGUAUUCAUACCAUGUAUGCCUGAAUCCUUCCAUAUAUCCUCUCUAAAAACCCUCUCACAGUCAAUCAAAAAUAGGCUUUCAGUGGCUUACUAUAAUUCAUAAACCAUAUUACUGAUAACGAGUUUUGUGAAGCUUGACCCAUGCCUGUGAUCAGUGUAACGAGAUCUUGGUUCCAGAUGGAAGGUGUUCAUAUUUUGUUUGCAUUCAAUCGGUCCUUGGGGUGUGUAGAUGCCUGAUAUUGGUCUACGCCUACCAUUAGAUUUAGAGUGACAUUAACUGUCAGUUCAUAUUAUUGUAUACAAGAAUAAUGAAUAAAUGCAACGGCUAUUUCAUGAUUGGA